AAGUCCUUCUCCAACAUAUGUUUGAUACCAGUUGUGGCUGGAAGCAAAUUAGCCACACAAUGAAAUUCCUUGCAUUCAACUUGAUUUGCAUAGUACAAAAGAUGCAAUGAGUGACCAUAUUGAUCACUUUCUCCUCUGCCUCCCAAUUCAUGUGGAGAUACUGCAACUGUUAUAAUUCCCGCGCAAUCCUAUCGACAAAAAUAUUCCAUAUAUAAAAUUUUCAUAGCCUCUUAUCUGCAGGCUGCAGCUGCCCUGUAACUUACUGCAAUUCUCUUGCGUCUCCCCCGCCUCUAAAAUAUGGUUUUGGUUGAGAGUAGUGGAGACAAAGAUGGCUCUGUGCUGGUGGACUAUCAAGGAAAUCCGGCUGACAACUCGCGGACUGGUGGAUGGCUUGCUGCAGGCCUUAUCCUAGGAACCGAGCUUUCUGAGAGGAUAUGCGUGAUGGGAAUAUCUAUGAACAUGGUUACCUAUUUAGUUGGAGAUAUGCAUCUAUCUUCGUCCAAGUCUGCUAAUAUAGUGACAAACUUCAUGGGCACUCUAAACAUCCUUGGACUCCUUGGCGGCUUUCUGGCAGAUGCUAAACUUGGCCGUUAUUUAACUGUUGCAACGUUUGCAUCUAUCACUGCUCUGGGAGUAACAUUGUUGACGAUUUCCACAAGUAUUUCCGGGUUAAGACCCCCUCCAUGCGAUGAUUCAAGAAAGAAUACCUGUGUUCAGGCAAAUGGAGGCCAGCUAGCCAUGCUUUACCUCUCACUCUACAUAAUUGCACUGGGAGGUGGUGGAAUAAAAUCAAAUGUCUCUGGUUUUGGGUCGGAUCAGUUUGAUGCAUCGAAUCCCAAAGAGCAAAAGGCCAUGGUAUAUUUCUUCAAUAGGUUUUAUUUCUGCAUCAGCCUCGGGUCACUGUUCUCCGUGACAAUUUUGGUGUAUAUUCAAGAUAAUGUUGGAAGAGGAUGGGGCUAUGGAAUAUCAGCAGGGACGAUGAUAAUUGCAGUGGCGGUUUUUCUAGCUGGAACAAAAUUGUAUCGGUUUAGGAAACCUCAAGGCAGUCCACUAACUACUAUAUGGAGAGUAGUGUUCUUGGCUUGGAAGAAGAGGAGCCAAUCUUUUCCUUCUCACGACAGCUUUUUGAACGAGUACAACACUUCAGAAGUUGCACAUACACAGAGGCUCCGGUGUCUGGACAGGGCUGCCAUCCUCGAUGAUCAAGUAGUUUCAAGUGGAAAAGCAAACAAUCCUUGGCUAGUUUCUACUGUGAUGGAAGUUGAGGAAGUGAAAAUGGUUCUGCAACUCAUCCCGAUAUGGUCCACGUGCAUCCUGUUCUGGACUAUAUACUCUCAAAUGAACACUUUCACAAUUGAGCAAGCCACUUUCAUGAACAGAAACAUUGGCUCCUUUGAAGUCCCUGCAGGCUCUUUCUCCGUCUUCCUUUUCCUAGCAAUUCUUCUCUUUACUUCCUUGAAUGAAAAGCUCUUUGUCCCUAUGGCUCGAAGAAUCACACACAAACCUCAAGGGCUCACAAGCCUUCAGCGUGUAGGGAUUGGGCUAGUUUUCUCAGUGGCUGGUAUGAUAGCCUCUGCAAUCGUCGAAAAGAGAAGAAGACAGAUGGCAGUUGAAGAAAACACUCAAAUAUCUGCUUUCUGGUUAGUCCCUCAGUUCUGCAUAGUUGGUGCAGGGGAAGCCUUUGCCUAUGUAGGCCAGCUCGAAUUUUUCAUCAGAGAAGCACCAGAGAGGAUGAAAUCGAUGAGCACCGGACUCUUUCUAAGCACUCUGGCAAUGGGGUUCUUUGUUAGUAGCUUGUUAGUUACUCUAGUAGUUGCUGCAACUGGGAAAAGUUGGAUUAGAAACAAUCUCAACAAAGGCAAGUUGGACAACUUCUACUGGUUGCUUGCAGUGUUGGGAGUCAUAAAUUUCUUAGUCUUUCUUGCAUUUGCAAGAAACCAUCAAUACAAGGUCCAAAAAUCUCAAGUUCUUGCUGAUGAUCAGGAAAAGGAACUCACGCAUUGGCAGGGCGAGGAAAUCGUCGAUAUUGAGAAGAAGGCAGUGGUUGAGGCAAAGGAAGUAGCCUAGUGCUUAGUACACAUCUUUCCACAGAUUUGUUUGUGUUGUAUUUAGUGAUGAAUGUCUUUGAAAACUCCAUUUAUUGCAAAUAGUAUAUGUGAUUUCCGAGUAGGGUUUGGUUCA